AUGUGGAUGCUAUGUGUCUUGCUGGAGGCCAGUCUGCAGUAUUGCGCAGUUGGCCAAGUACUUUAUUGGAAACUACCGGCGAAAUUCCUUGGAAACAAGGUUACCGCUUACGGAGGAACGCUGAAGUACACGUUCCGUUACUCUGGCGAAGGAAGACCUAAUCAAGACCCGGAUAUUAUCAUCAGAGGCAACGACAUCACCCUACAGUACACGCAUCGUGCUCCGCUUUACCCUGACCGAGAAAACACUGUUGAGCUGAAAAUAUUCGAAGACAAGUGGCAGCGUGUUGAUGGCCAGCAAGGAACCCGUGAACACCUUCUUAUGGCACUCGCCGAUCUUGAUGACAUUUUGAUCAAGGCCACCUACAUGGAGGAAUGUUCCCAAUCGUCUCUCAUUAGCGUAUCGCUCGAAUAUGCUGAACCUCAUGGUACAGGACUCACUGCCUACGAGGUAGAGCAGUGCCAGUGCCCUCCUGGUUACAUCGGAACGUCGUGCGAAGACUGCGCUCCAGGAUACUCAAGGACUGGAGGUGGUCUCUAUCUUGGACUUUGCGAACGCUGUGAAUGCCAUGGUCACGCAAGUCAAUGCGACAAGGAGUACGGCUACUGCGUGGAUUGCCAACACAACACUGAGGGAGAUCAGUGUGAACGCUGUAAGCCAGGCUUCAUUGGAGAUGCUCGUCGAGGUACACCUCAUGACUGUCAGCCAGCUGCCACUCGUCCCCCAUGUCACUGCAACAAUCACUCUCCAAGAGGCUGCGAUUCCUUCGGAAGAUGUCUGCUCUGCGAGCACAAUACCGAAGGAACGCAUUGCGAACGAUGCAAGAAGGGCUUCUAUGGUGACGCCACUAAAGGAACCCCCUACGACUGUACUCCCUGCCCAUGCCCAGGAGCUGCCGACUGCUACCUGGAUUCACAGGGUCAAGUUGCCUGCAGAAACUGUCCAGCAGGCCUUGCUGGUCGGCUUUGCGAUGAAUGUGCCCCUGGCUACACGCGCUCGCACAAGAUUGCUGGACGUCCUUGCGAACCAAUCGGACACGUUGGUCCCAGCGACAGGACCUACGUACCGCCACCUCCUCCUCACGAAGGUGAACCACUCCGUCGCAAUCGGCAUCGUAGACGUCGUAUCCGCGUGCGAUCGCGAUUCUACCAGCACUGA